UGCAAUGCAACUCAAUGUCUUUCUUGCCAAGUGCCUUGUCUAGAUACGAAAUCUCAAUGAAUUGCAGCCAAAUGAAUUAGCUCAAAAAUUGAAGAUUAUUGUUUUAAAAGGGGGAACAAUUAUCGAGGAAUGAGUCUGAAGGCGUUUGACAUUGUUCCUGUUCUCGAUCGAGUGAGCCUUCCAAAUGAGAAGAGCAAGUCUUUGAUAACAUGUAUAGAUUGCUCAUUGAAGAACUUGUAUAUUGGAACCUCAGAUUGUUUUGUUGUCCAUUAUAUUGUUGAAAAAGAAAAUUCUGCUGGGGGGAAGGUAGUUUAUCAAACGACUUUGCAGAGGUACAAACAAAUUGGCUUGAAAAAGUCAAUUCAGCAGAUUCUAACAUGCCCUGCUGCCUCCAAACUACUUGUGCUUUGUGAUGGAAAUCUUUUCAUGUUGACAAUGAUGGGGCUUGAGAUGAAAGUUGAAGCCUCAAAAGAAAUCAUGAAAGGGGCUACUGUGAUGGCUAAAAAUAACAGGCCAGUUGAUAUGAACCCUUUCUCUGUUGAAGUAUGCAUCGGUACUCGGAAAAGAUCCAUACAAAUUUGGUCCGUUGAUCGAGACAAGAUAACAGUCAUUAAGGAAAUACAUGUCAACGAGAUACCGUACUUGUUGGCAAUCGAUGGUCAGACCAUUUGCACAGCCCUUGGAAACCAAUAUUUCCUUGUUAAUUUUUCAACUGGUAAGAUUCAAGAGCUUUUUAUGUACGAAGCACACAAUACGAAGCCACUGGUUAAGGUCGUAGGAGAGGAAGAGUUUCUGUUGAGUGGACCAACUAAUACGAUGGGGAUGAUUGUCACUUCAGAAGGCCUAUCGCAGCACCAACCGUUAAACUGGGCUGAUGGACUUUCUGCAAUUGCUUAUUCCUAUCCAUAUUCCUUGGUUCUUGGUAAUAGUACCAUAACAGUACACAGUAUGCUGGAUCAGAGGCAGAAACAAGCAAUUGCUUUCCAGGGUGGGAUCUUCAUUGGUGAUUAUGAAAACAACAACGUCUUUGUUUCUUCACUGAAAGCUAUAUACUACCUCGUUCCACUGCCGUUUGAUAAACAGAUACAAAUGUUGCUCAUUGAAAAGCGAGUUGAAGAGGCGAUUGAAUUAAGCAACGUGGCACACACCUUAAAACCAUCUGAGUAUAAUGAAAAGUUUCUCGCAGGCAUUCAAGCCCAAGCUGGUUUCGUCUACUUCUCCCAAGGACAUUUCAGUCAAGCUUCAGAAUUAUUUCUAGAGAGCACUGUCGACGUCCGUGAGGUCAUUUGUCUUUAUCCACUACUGAUGCCAUCGAACAUUAUAUUCCAAGCUGCAAGACCAACUUUACACAAUAUCAAGGAUUUGAAUCAAGUUGUUAAAGGAAACAAGCCGCUGAUGGCCGAGGCAAAGAACUUUCUUCUCAAACUAUUAGAAAAUUGCAGAGGGAUGCCAUUAGCGUACAACAGUCAGAUGACCGAAAUCGAUACUGCACUACUAAAGCUUUAUGCUGAAUGCAACCACAAUUCGUUGCUAGAUUUUGUGACAAACGAAAACAGCUCUUACUAUGACGACUGUGUUGCUUGUUUGAAGCAGUACAAGCGAUAUCAUGCACUGGCAGAGUACUAUUGCUGUCAUAAAGAACCGGACAAGGCAUUAGAAACUUGGAAAAGAAUAGUUGAUGGUCAAGACAUCGAUCUCAAUUUUCCUGGAUAUGAUUUCAUAGUAGAAUUUAUUUCAAAGCUAGAGGAUCAUGAACUAGUUUGGACAUAUGCACCUUGGAUUUUAGAAAAAGAUUCUACAAUCGGUGUAAAGAUAUUUACGACCCGGCCAGACAAUGAACCUUUGAGUGACAGGCUACGCCCUGAGGCCAUCGUUGAAUACUUGAUCAAGUUUCCUAAUGCAAUGAGAAUUUACCUGGAAUAUCUUGUACUGGAAAGAAACAUUCAGAAAGAAAAGUUCCAUACUCAUCUUGCACUUAUUUACCUUGAUGAUGUUCUAAAGCUGAUGAAAGAGAGAAUACCAAUGCCAGAGAGUCUCCUUGCUGCAAGGCAGAAGUUACAAAACUUGCUAGAACGCUCCUCUUUGUAUAGAGUGAAUGUUUUGCUCAGCAAAAUUGGUAACCUUGAGUUGUUCAAUGAAAUUGCAAUAUUAUAUGGCAAGCUAGACAAUCAUGAGAAGGCAUUAGAGAUUUUGGUUCAUAAGGUCGAGGACCCGUCAGCAGCUGAAAGAUAUUGUAUCGUCACUUCUGAGGGAAAGGACCCAGGGCUUCGAAAGAAACUCUUUCAUGCACUUUUAGCUGUCUACCUCCAAUCACCCGGCAGCGGCGACGCAGAAAUAGACAGAAAACCAGCUAUGCAGCUUCUCAACACGUACCAGGCUGAUUUUGAUCCUUUAGAGGUAAUGCAAAUUAUUCCUGAUGGCUGGACGGUUGGUGAAAUAUCAGGUUUUCUCUCAGGCGCAGUUAGAAAGAGCUUACACACUUCAAGGGAUAAGAAAUUAGAGGCCAGUUUAUCUAGAUCUGUCUACGUAAAGAAUCGAGGUCUUUACAUUGGCUGUCAAAAUGGAGCAAUAAACGUUACUGACGAGAGGACGUGUGCUGUUUGUCGCAAACCAUUUCAAGAGCCAAACAUCGCGCAAUACCCAAAUGGGACUCAAUGUCACGUGCACUGCAUUGACGACAAAAACGUAUGUCCGGUAACUGGAACAAACUUUUCAAAGCGAGUUAUUGUUACGAGGUAAUAAAUAAAUCAAUCAUUCAAUACCUGAUUGGAGUUAUGGUAAUUAGUUUUUGCCAUGUAAAGUGGCAACAGGGCAGAUUAAUGUUAAGUUUCGUAAUAGAAAAUUCCUGUCUAGAAUUUGUUAAUAUUCCCAGGACUGAAAAAGAAGGGAUUAUUUUUGUCCUUAAUGUAAUUACUGGCAUUUUUGUUAGUUUGAAAAGGGAUUUCACAAAAGUGCUGUUACUGAAGCCAGGGCUAUAGUAGCCAAUGGUCUGAGUUUCGUACAAAUAUUUCAUGUCUCAAAAUUUCGAAGUAAUUCGCCCUGUGCUAUAGACUAAGAAUAGAUGUUCCACAUUAGUGUAAAAAUCCUCAUUUUACUGGUAGUGUAAAAAUUUUGAAUAUAGAAACAUAUUAAAAACAUAGUUUGAAUGAACCAGAAAGUUCUUUUAUGUUUAGAGGCCGGCAAAAAUGAGGGAUUAUUUUUUGUCUUCAUGUAUCGAAGGCUCCUGAAAUUACUCACAAUAUUUAGAUAGAUAAUAAAAUUACCUGUAAAUAAUAUUCAAUAAUUGAUUAUAAUUUUGUUAUCAUUUCAAGCAGAACUUUUUCGUAUGUAUUGGAAUGCACAUCUGGUUAUUUUUUACAUGCUCUCAAUUUUAAGUACCAAAUUGCAAAUCGCAAAGUAAUUGCAGAUGAUGUAACAUCCCCCUGAACACGUUUAUUAAAAAUGCAAGGAAAGUAUCUCAGUUCUUGCAUAAAUUGAUUAGCAAAGUUAUAUAAGAAUCUUUGACUUGGGCCUUUUAGCUUGUUUAAAUGUUUAAAUGUUUAAAAUGUCAUGUUUUGGAGACAACUAUUGCUUUGAAUCCUCACUAUUUGAAAUACCUUCGCCGUGUGUCUUUCAUCUUGCUACAAAAUCUAGUUUGGCUCUUUGUAUUAUGGAAGGGAAAUUUUACCUUGUUUCUUUGCAUUUAACUGUUGAAAAUUGACAAGCUUACUUGCAAUGAGCUUAAUUAUCCAUUCUCUUUAACGUCUUUUUUUCCAAAAAUACCAAAAGGUUUACUUUUAAUCCUUUUUUUUAUUUUAUUUUUACGGAUACUGAUUGCCAAAAUAGAAUUCUUAAAAUAAGGAGACCACAAUUUGCUUAUCUUUUUAUUUUCAAAAGAUAUAAAUGACAAGUUAAACAGCUUCACGUUACGUGUAAAUCUCUCAUAAAAUAUAUAUUUUUUAAAUAUACAAACCAAAAGAAUUGUAAAUAACAGUUUUCUUUCUCUCGAUAUUUCAUUUAUUUCAUUUCAACGUUUGUUUUUCCGUUUGAUUUCAAUAUUUCUACGUAACAAUUGUUUCCCGUUCCAUUAAAUGAAAUCUUAGUACAGAUUUUCUUACUUAAAAUAUAAUGUUUCCGCUUAAUCUUCUAAUUAAUUUCUACAAAAUUUUACCUCCGUAAAAGCCAGGACUAGAAUGCAACUCUGCAACUCAAAUGUUUCUUUACAUCUAAUGUUACCCCUUUGAGUGAAAUCUGUGUUUUUUACUUGUUAAAUAAAAACUUCCCACAUUUAAAACAUGGAAGGGACAUCGAAGAGACAUAAAUACAAGGAAGGGACAAAGACGGGUGUAGCCUGAGAUGCAAUUUACGGGGAGAAAUCUUCAAAGGGUUAUAAGUCACUAAACACAAGAUUUUCUUCGUAAAGAAAAGAUCAUACUUAAAGUUUUAAUGUUAUUUCUGAGAGAAACUUUUAAAGUUUCUCUUAAAUGUAUAAUAACUUGUUAAUAAAGCCCUAUUUAUAAAUAUCCGUUUGUUAGAGAUCUCAAUUGCAAAAGAUUGCAGAAGGAUUAAUUUCCCUUACUUUGGCUAUGCAUCAUGUUCUGGCGUCUAUUAUACAGUUAACUGCACAAUAUAGAGCUAUAUACAAAAAUACAGGGCAUGUAGGCCAACCGUGAAUAAAUAAUCUCCGUACAAAAAUCAUUGUUGCUUCAGUGCUAGUCAAGAAAAUUACGUUCGAUAAUAUCAGAAAGCCGACUGUUACCGCGCCACCUGCUGCGCAUAUUCUGCGAUAUGUCUGCGGGGUUAUUUUAGCAACAAACCGUUUUGAUACCUCGAGCUUCAUGAUGCUAGCAGCAAUAGCUUCCAUAGAUAUGCCCAACCAAUUUGUCAGCGCCCAUGCGAUGUAUUUUUCUGUACCUCCGUGCCAGAAUCCAACGAAUGCAAAGCUGGAAAACGAGGCCAAAAUUUGCCGCACUAUUCCAUAACGAGAUCCUCCAAUUGGAAUGUAAAUGUAACGACGCAGAAAUGCAUAUAAUCCCUUGUCGAAAUAUCGCCACAUAUCGACAUAAGUAUAAAGGUUCGAGAUACAGCCGGGCUGUCCUGGGGGCUCCAUACCAUCGAUUUUGGCGAAUACUCCAGCGAAACGAUAAAACACGACAUAUUUCAAGUAAAAGAACUGGAGAAGCGACCAGAUCACGCCUAGAGUCUCCCAGCAAUUGAGUUCAACAAGAAUGUGCAUGUGUUUAGAAAUGCAUGUGGAAUACAGAAAAUGGAAGGAUAUUUCGAUCAAGGCGAAGUACGCGAUACAGGAACAGAUUUCGACAGCAAGCGACGCUACAGACGGUUUUUGAACACGUGUUUUCAUCUGAGAAUGGAAUUUGUCAAAAGUCAGAAGUGGCCCAUUCAAGAAUAAUGGAAAAUAGAAUACAAAUGAUAGAAAAUCUAUAAUGUUAGGCGCAUUUUCAGAUGCCUUAGAUCUGCUUGAUUCGGAAGUUGGUCGGCCAAUUCUUGCAGCCUCCAAGGCGAAACUCAGCAAUCGUAAGUUGCACAUCAUCAAAGCGAAAAUAACCAGGCUUCGUAUUGUAUCAUCGUUUGCGAGUGGCGAAAUUAUGUAGCUUAGGAAUGGAUCGAAAUUGACGGCGUAAGUGGCAGCUAAAAGAUGAAUCCAUAUAGCACAAACUGAUUUGGUCUUUGCUGUGAUGUAAACAGUAAGUGCAUGGCACAAAAGUAUCGCGAGUCCCGUUACACUAAGAAGCAUCGAUAAUGCGAUGAAAGAGACUGUAAUAAGCGCUAUUUUACGAGCCAUUGUCGAUAAUUUUGACAUAGUGUUACUAAGAGUUGAACUUAUAAUGCAGACGAUUGUGUAAAAGCUGAAAAAUUGUCUCCAAAAUGUCCACUCACCAUCUGCUAUAUCUUUGAGUCUGCCAUUAAAAAGAGAUGUAUCGGCGUCGAAAAAGCCCUCGUGAAGUUGGUACAGAUACCUAUUUGAAAUCUCGUAUGUGUACCAAAAUGGCACAGCUACGCAAGGUAACCAAAUACCCCAGUGUAAUUUCGUUUCCAGUGAAGUUGCUGGAACAAAAUCAAGUCUUGCUGCCAUUUUAGGCUGCCGAUAGUUUCCUUCAAGUCUCCUGUUUGUACCCCUCUAUACUCCGAAUCCUCACGCCAGUUCUAAAUUCUAAUCUAAGUUCUUUCACUUUAAAACCUUCUGUCUCCGCUUGUAGGAAUUAAUGUAGAACAGUUAAUUCUUCCAGGCAGAGCUCUUUUUCCAACGGUGAAUUUUUACAAAUGUUCACAGCACUCCUUAAUGCACUUCGCAUCCUCGUGGAAUCUGUGUUUUAAAAGCGAUUCCUCCCAUCAUCUUCAUCCAUGGAAAACACAUUACAGUUUUAUAUUAACAAGGAGAUCUGGUGCGCUGAUCUUUGCCUAUUGUUCUAUUGUUUCAUAUCACAUUGAUGUAAACACGUGUGCGGGUAAGCCAUUUCUGUGUAAUAGAAAAGACAAGCAAUUUUACAUCAAACAGCUGGUUAAACACUAUAUUUGUGAAGCUCUAACGCAGUUCGUUAUAAACAGAUAUACUAAUACCACAGCCCAUCAAACAUUUUUGUACCGUAUUUGAUCAGGCAGUGUCGUCUUUGCUGCCCAUAUGCUGAGCUGGGUGCAAUUCUCAUCAGUUUUGCACUUAGCCCAAUAUUAUCGAAACAGCAAGUUAAAAACUGUUGGGCACCAUCCUCUUAACCCUUUCGUUAUUGACAAAAUUUUAGGAUUUUUGCCUACUUUAUCUAAAAAUUCGGCAAAAAUUGAUUUUUCAAGAUAACUGGAUGAUCUUUUGCCCAAGUAAUCAUCAAUAGCUGUGUUUUAUGCAAAUGAUCUUAUUAUGCCAAAAUUAUAUUAUAAUUGGACAUUAAUUAGCAUCCAAUUUGCAUAAUUGAAUAUAACAGAAAAGAACUUUAUUAAUUAAGGUCAAUUAUCUUCAAUAAUAAAACACUUAACUACUUUUUUCUUUCAAUAAUGUAUUUUGUCAUAGUCUUAGCACACUGAGUUGAAAUAUCAAUCAUUUUUCUUGAACAGUCUUUUUUUAAUUAAUUAAUAUGCAACAAUGGUUCUAAAACAAUUCAAUUCAAUUUGGCAAGUGCAAUUUCGAUUUCGACUAUUAAGAGAAAGAAAACAAGUAAAAAACACAAAAUCUUGGAGAGAAAAGAUUGUAAUUUUGACCAAAUGUUCUUUUUUACUUUUUAUGCUUUUUUAUUUUUUACUUUUUUUUGCUUUUUCUCUAUCUAAUCUACAUGAAUUUACCAAAAACAACAACUAAUCUAGCGAUCACGACUGUAACUUAGGAAAGCUUCCUUGUACUGCUCAAACUCUGGGGAAUGGAAAAGCAAGAAGCAGUUUCUUUCUCCAAUACACAAAGGGAUAUCACAUACAACACAGCAAAAUGAUGAGGUUUUUGCUCUAUAACUUUGAUCUAUGCUAUGCACUGACUUCAUAACUGAGCAAACUUUGCAAACUUGGUGUUUCUCAAGCUUCACCGGCAAAUGCCCUUUCUCUAAUCUAUUCUGCCACAAUUCCUUUUUACUAACUGCCUUCUUCAAAGUUGCUGAUCUUUGCUUUGCACUAUUUACUGCAUGAGCUGUUGCCUUACAGAUGAAGUCCUCUACAUUACUAACUUUAGUACCUAAAUCUGCAAACGAUCUGACCUCUGGUUCGGCUCUAAUGGCUUUCUGCUCAACAAAAGCAAGCUGAAGGGCUAAAUCCUUUUUAAAAUCAAGAAAAGAAUAGUUGUUAGGCAUUUUCUGCUCAGGGGUUGGGUUUCUAAGCUCUCUCCAAAACACAUAUGCAUCCCAAGCACAAAUAUCAACAAAAUGAAAGAAUAAUGUUUUCCAAAACUUUUUAGUCCUAUAUUGAACAGAAUACAUAUGGUACAUCUGAUCAGACAAAUCUACACCAUUCAUAUCUUUGUUAUAAUCUGAAAUGCAUUUAGGCCUCAAAACCUUAACCUUUUUAUGACUUCCAUCAACCUUUGUAUUCCUUGUACAAUAAUCAUAAUCAUUGGCAGAAUGGUAGGUGGAGAGAACAGAGACAACAUUCCUAUCAACCCACUGUACAAGCAACACAUCAUUCGGCUUUUCCCCAUUUCUAAUAUACCUUAUUGUUCCUCGAUCAAGUUUCUUCCCCCAAGACUGCCUAUUUUUCAUUACCUCAGGAAAGGAUGAGGAAUUUUCCCUUACAGUACCAACAGCAUUUAUACCAACUGAAGUCAAAUAUUGGAACAAUGGGACACUGCAAUAAAAGUUAUCAGCAAAAAGAACAUACCCCCUGUUUACCAGAGGUUUUGUUAAAUUAAUAACAACUCUGGCAGCUAAUUGGUUGAUGAGAUUUCCUGCAUUUUCUGGAUUGGGGUUUUCAUUAAAAGCCUUAGCUCUACCAAGUCCUCUUUCUAUCCCUUCAAAACUAUUAUCAACAACACUGAAAUCAUCCCAAUCAUCCUUUCUGCUUUUACCAGUAUAAACCACCAUAUCCCAAUUGUAGCCUGUAGCAGAAUCAGCUAGAACCCAAAGUUUGAAACCCCAUUUAGUGGGCUUAUUCAUUAUAUAUUGUUUGAAGAAGAACCUACCCUUAGACUUAACCAUACGUUCAUCUAUAGACACACAUUUACCAGGAGUAAAAAGUUCCUUACAGCGACUUCGCAUAUGGUCAUAGAAAUGCCUUAUUUUUCCUAAUGGAUCACUUUUGUCCUCUGUCUCAGGGUUUACACAAUGAAGGGCAGCAAGUAUUCCACAAUACCUAGAAAAUGUUGGAAUAAACAUUGACCCAAGAAGACCAGAAAAAAGCUUAUCAUUCUGCCAGUAGUUACGCCUAGCAGGGGCCUUAACAAUACCCAUAUAAAAUAGACAGGCAAGAAAUCUCCUAAAUUCCAUCAAAUCAAUGGGUCUCCACACAUGGCAACCAUGGUCCUGGGACAUGUAGCUUUGACCUAUUCCUUGACCAUACACAGCAUAAAUGUUUGAGUUUUCAAUUAUGGUUCCCAUCAGAUCAAAAGAAAAAAAAAGCAAGAAAAAGUCUAAGGCUCUACAAGGGGCACUGCCUCUCGCCCAAACUACUUUUGGGCCAACACUGCUUACAUUAUGUGGUGGAAGCCACUUCUGUUCCCUAUCACCUGUGUAGCCUAGAGACUCUGCCAAACUACAAUCACUAUCCUGAUACUCCUCUUCACUAACUUCUGACUCGUCAUGGAUCUCAUCGACUACUACAGCUCCGUCCAGCUCAUCGUCCAACUCAACUGGAUGUCCUGAACCAGCCAGACUCUGCCUAAAACAAAGAUAUAGAAAAUAAGCAAAGACAAGAUGAUUUAUAAUUUGGUAAUUUCUGCAGCAGUGCAACAAAUAGUAAAGAAAUCUAAGUGAAUCUGUUCAGAGCCACCAUAUACAAAAUCAGCUGAUUUGUUUAUCACGGGCCUAAAAUUUCUUGAAAACCACUCCCAAAAAAAACAAAAAUUUUUGGCCGUACUUAGUUAGCCAUUAUUCUAAGAUUUUCACUACAGCUUCAGAAAUGGUUCUUCUUUAUCGCUAAUGUAUCCAAAAGUUUGAAGGAAACAAUAUGUAAACUUACGAUCCACUCUCAUUCGAAGUUUCAGGAUUUUCUUCUCUUUGUCGCUUCCUGCGGGGCUUCCUUCGUCUUGGUUCGUCCACUCUUUCCGUCAGCGGUGCUACAAACCGAAUUUCUACCUCUCUACCACUUAAUAAGGCACAGUCGAUCUCAAAUUCAUCUUCUGAGUCAAGUCCGUUCUCAUUAUCCAUUUUAAAAUCAAUUUUGAAAAACACGCCUCAUUCACGACAUACGCAACAAGAUCGGUCAAGAUGGCGGUUACAGGCCCACGUUGUCUGGGAUAUUUAUACGAAAGAAGCGCAUAAAUUAAUCAAAUAAGUAUAAUUUUCUAACUGUCCAAUCAUAUUUGAGCAAUUUUAGCAUAAGUUAAGGAGGGUAUGUUGCCUUGGAGCUCCAAAAUAAAAUAUUUUCGGCUAGGGUAUCGGUCACGUGGUCUUAUCCAGAUGUACAUCUGGAUAAGGAAUUAAAGGGUUAAAAGACUGUUUACAUUCAACUUGAUUUUGGAAACUUUGAAACACCUAAAAUUUGAAUGUCCUUCUUAUUAGAACUGCUUUCGUCCCUGUGCUAGUGAUCUAACACGACAGUUUACACAGCUUCAGGCAUGUAGGCCCCCUCAUGCCCGUCCACUGCUCGAAUCCAUGGCUCACAUUUUCUUCGAUUAUUUUUUCCAUAAUUUUUAGGACUGUUUUUUCUCAGCUCGUGCAGCUUACUAAGACAAGUUUAUUCAAACUUCAUAGCAAUUCAAGUGAUUAUGGCCUGAUAUUUCUGUCAAAUAUUGACUGUUAAAUUAGAUAUAUAUUAAACUCGUUCUGUUUACUCUUGUCUCGGGGUUCAGGGAAAUCUGCCCGCGUCCCUCUUUGGCGUAUUUAAAGCUGAAUUGAAUCUCUAAAUCCAUGAGUGUAUGGGGUUGACAAUUUUGAAAUUUAACUGUAACAGUGACCAUCCGGAGACGUUUCUCUUCGUUAAAUGUACCUCCUAUUUUAUGAAAUAUGAAAAUAUUCGUUUGAAAAUGAUGCAUGUGUCGAGAAAUGCGGAGCUCAAACGCCUUUUUUUAUGCAGUAACCCAUGCUGAUCAGUAUCACUACGAUGCAGCCUUAUUAAAGAUUGGCAUCAUCCUUGCCUACAAACUUUUCUGCUUCCAUUAAACGUAAGAAACCACCCCAUAUUAUGUUAUUAUCCAAUGUUUUAACUGUCAUCCUUUAUUUUGGCACAUGGAAUAUUUUUUAAAGACACUGAUCUUCUUUUCAUUUGAACGAUUUCUAAGCCAAAAAGAACAGUUUUUCUCCUCAUGCCUGUAACAAACAGAUAAUUGCAUUCAUGGAUGAUAUAAAAAUUUCAAGAUUUUGGCAGCUUUUUCAAGAAAUGACGGAAGCUAUUUAGAGCAAUGGCGGUAAUGAGUGGGUAUGUCAAAAAAAACUCAGGAUAAAAUAUUGCAAAACUGAUUUUUUCGGAGAAAAUAUCAAAAUAUCAAGCCAGCAUUCCCCCGAGCUCCGGCGCACAUAGAUCAGACUUUUGAAAUACAUUGAUUGAAAUAUUUUGAUAUCACUCUGGUUUUUCAGUAUUAGAUCACAGGCGUGUGUACCAGUUAUUUGAUUAAUUCCAUUCCUUUAUUAUUGGAACACCAGCGACAACAGGUGUUCGUCCUUUGAUGCCGAAAAAGGUAAAAUUGAACAAAGGUGUCGAGCAUCCGGGACGGCAUGGCAGUAAAUGGCCUUUUGACAAAAGGAAAGUCUGCCGAUUGAAUAGAAUCCUUGGGCACACAGGUGGGGCAUUUGAUUGUCGCCUUGCUCUUUUCAAAGUCGGGCUGUCCCUAUUUACAUUCUUUACGGAAUGGAACAGAAAAUGUCGAAAUGGCAUGGCUACUUAUGUUUUCUUAAAAGGAAUGCAAAUUGUCGACAUAAUCAAUCAUCAUAUUCGCCAUCAUCAGUUAUCAACAAUCAUCAACCGCCUCCUACUUGUAGUCAGCAUCAUCAUCAUUAUUAUUGCCAUCAUCAUCAUAAUCAUCAUCAUCGCCAAAUUUGAUAUUUUUGAAGACAUUUACUUUCAGUUUACCUAGUCAGCUACACUAUUUUUUUCAUAAGAACACAAUUUUUAAGAACACUGAAAUUUAGAAAAAUAGAAUUUUAGAAUAGAGGAAAAAUAGAGGUUUUUGCAAAAUUAUUUCUUAUGUUGAAAAUCAGAGGAGAAUCAGUAUAUUUUAAUGUAGUUUGCCUGAAGUGCCAAUGAAAAUUUUCAUUAUCCUCAUUGAUCAAUGCCGAUAUAACGAUAAACAUUAUGUCUCAUUCUCAAAAUACUUAAAAUUUAGUAAAUGUAGGCUGAAUUCAAAUCAUCGUUAAGAAUUGAUGCUUGUUUUGUUUGGAUUUUCUUGAACGACAUUUGACCUGCGUGUCUUCUGUACCAUCAAGUACAGUAUUUGAAUAAUAAUUUACCUCUUUCCUUCAGCGAGACAGAUAAUAAAUUUGUAAGCAUGAUUUGACAAGCCCUCGAAGUUUUCUUUCACUGCAAUCUUUCAGUCUUUUUCUACUGAUGAUACCACACAGGCCUGAUGUUCCUUCGUUUCAGUUCUAAAUAGAAUCGUCCAAGUGACGCCAGCUGAAGUAGAUUUAUCUUCACUAUAUUUUGGUCUUGAAGUUUCACUUGUUCGUGAGGUUGGUCAACUAUUUGUACGGCCGUCGCCUGAACAAAGAAAUUUUCACAGCUGAUGGACUUUCUUUUAUUCCCUAUAUAAAUAAGACAUUUUCAGACAGGCGCUCAUUCAAAUAAACUUCCUCAGUUAGCGAUAUUGUUUCAACUCUAUAAUGUGUUUAUCUACAAUUUACGACUUUCAUUCGCUCUAUCAGGAUAAUACCAGAAACUUGAUUAAACUCGUUACCGCCAUACACAUUUUUAUUUAUUUUGAUUAAAAAAAGGUAAAACAGUCAGUGCCAGAGUGGCAUGCAAAUUUCGAGUCAAGGAAGUCUUUGCGUAAUUUACAAUUAGUUGAGUUAUAAAGAAAUUUUCAUAUCUGAGAUUUAGCGUUCCAUGAUUUUUCAGUGUGCUUGUAUUGGAAGCUAGAGGGGUUUGAUAGGGCUACAGUCCCCAGCCAGCUACAGUGCUUACAAAUUUCGUAUCUGCUGGCAAGUUGUACCAAGUUUUAGGCCCUAGUAUGGAUAAAUCCUUGAAGUCUGAGUUAGUUUUAAAUAAAGGGCUUUUUUCGUUUGAUCUUCUUGUGGAGUGAUGCCACAGUGGUUUGUUCUGUUGUAAAGUCAUGACGUAAUUUUGAUUACUGUUAGUGAAUAUUUUCUACAAAGCUUCAUAAAUUUAUGAAAGCAUAAUAAAUUAGAAAUUAUAUGAAUUAACUUUAAGACAUCAGUUCAUUCUAAAUACCUCUUAAAGCAAUUUUGCAUUAUUGAGUGGCCUGAGAAUAUCGCAGAUUAUGUAUGUAUCAAAUUAUAUGUAUCUCUCUAUGUUGAAGAAAAAUGAACUCAGUUGUGAGGCUUGAAGCAUUCCGAAAAAUAUCACCUAUAAUUAGAGUAUUAUUUAGAGCUUGUUAAGUAUGAUUAUUAUACUGGUGACAUUAUAAUAUGCCGAUUAAAUAUUGAUCCUUUAUCACCAAAUGAUAGCUUAUUUUACUUAUAGAGAUGUUCUUGAAGAGACUCAAAAUGAUUGAGAAAUAUGAUAUUUUCUUCUUAGUAAGCUCAACUAUUGAGAAAAGUCCUAUUUUAAGAAAUUCCUUGCAUAAAAAUUCUUCUAAAAAGCUGCUAUUGUGUUGUAAAAAUAGAGGAAAAGACAAUGGGAUAAGUGAUUGUAAGAAUGCUUCAAAUGUAACAAUUAAUUAUGUCCUGACGUUUUUUUAUAAUGGCCUUUUUGAAAAUGUAAAACUUGCUCAAAAUCUGUAUUGUUUGUUUGACCCUAUUUUGAUGGCUGGCAUUUCCACGUUGCUAAUUGUUAUUUUGAUGUAGUACUGUGAUUCUCACCAAAUAAAUAGCUUAAAAAUUAAAAACCCAUAGGCUCAUUUCUUUGAUUCAGCACCUUGUAUUUGAGAGCCUUUUUACAUGUUGACGAAGGUUUUAAGUUUAGUAUUUUAAAUUGUAUCUAAUUUUCUAAAAGAUAACUUAGCUGGUUUCGCUUCCAAAUGUAAGAGUAUACCCUUUUGAUUACGAAGUUUUGACCCUGAAUUGAAAAUAUGCCCCGUUUGAAAUUAGAACCAAAAUAGUCUAACUCUUGAAAAAGUUGGUCUUCUUUGCUGUAGCAUAAGUGUGUGAUAAGAAGUAAUUUUUCUGUAUUCUAUAGUACUUUUAACGGCAUUUAUAUGCAGUUUAUGUUUAAAAUGAAAAAAUUGGUUUGAAAUAUAAUUUUCCUGAUAUACCAUUGAGCUAUUGAGCUGAAUUCUCCUCUAAUUUAUUUAGCCUUGGUAUCGACAUUGCUAGAGUGUCACCUAAGAGAAUUAGCCAAUGUCUAUUUAUAGCAUAACCUUUGGUUAAAUCAUAAAACUUUUGUCCUAAGGAAAUUUGAUAAUGAAUGUUUGUGGUUAUUAUAUGUAGAUGUGAUCACAUAACUGUUUUGGGUGCUGGCAUUGCAUUUAUUGAGCUAGUUCUAGCAUAGUUCUAGAGAUAAACUUUUGAUAGAGUUAUGUCGAGAUACUAAAAAAGAAUGUUAUUUUCAUUGACCUGAUCGAAAUUUUAAUGUCUCAAACGUUAUGGCCCCUUAUCAGCACCAGACGAGAGGCACGUCCCCCUUGGCUCCACAGAACGACUGCAUUCCUUGUAAAUUAGAUUCCAGACUUCCAGCGCUCAAACGAGACAGGAGACUUCUGUGAAUCAGAAUUUCGCGGAGUACCAGCCAUUUCCUACUGAUCAAGUUAGUUUUUUGAAGAUCAAGGAAUUAUUGAAAAGGCAUGGCAGCCUCAGGAGAGAUAGAUGAAACUAAUGAAGUAACAUCGAAUAUCCAA